UUUUGUGACCAGAUAUUGUCCUCUGUUGUGAGACCUGCACGAGCGGUAGGAGGUGGAAUCUUGCAAAGCAGUAAUGGAGGAUACAGGCCUUUUGGUUCUAUCCGCCAUUUAAGCCAGCAAGUAGUACAGCCAAAGGAAAAUGCAGCCAUCAACAUUGUCCCAGGACCACUUACAGCACUCUCUGAAGAAGAAGAAAUGAUGAAAGAAGCAGGUAAUGCAAGAUGUUAUCACUAAGUAUCAAGAUAAACUUAUCCUUUAAUGUACCUUAUCAAAUUACAAUAUAGUGUGCUGGGAAUUCUAAACAUAUAUAUUUGUUUGACCCAUUUGCCUCUAGAAAACGUCUCAAAACGUCUUUUGAAGCCAGUGAAACUGCCUUCUGGUUACUGUGUGGCUAUAAACAGCCAAAACUACCCAGAAUGCUGUUUAUAGUUUGAGCACUUUGUAAAUGUCUGUUCCAGAUGCAAGAUAUAAUUUUAGCUUCCAAAUUGCGGACAUGUGCAGAAAGCAAAAUAACUGUUCUAGGUGUUUCGUAAUGUUUUCACAAACAUUGAAUUAUUUCAAAUAACUGUGAAUUCUUUGUCGUUACUUUUUUACCCCUCAGACUUUGCUGCUUUGGUUUGUGCAUGAUACUUUCAUUCCUUUCACACUCCAUUGCCUUAUUUCCAGUUAUUUGGUUCAAUCUCGAGAUAACUCGAACUUCCAAUAACUCGAACUUUUUUCUAUUUCCCUGGAAGGUUUGAGUUAUCGGAAGUUGACUAUAAUAUGUAAUAAGUUUGGCAUAUGUAGAAUGAUUUUAUAGAAUGUAGAUGUUUUUACGAUUUUGCAGUGAGCCAAAAGGAUGUCUACAUAUUAGGCUACAAUUACGUGAAAUGUUAUGUCUUCCGGCCACUUCUUGUGCUUUUUAGCUCAGUUCAGUGGUUUAAUGGAAAACUGCUUAACUCCUUUAUUGUGUAAGGCUGCAACAAUUAUUCCAAUAAUUAUUAUACCCAGGAUUAGUAAAUACGCUAAGGAUUUUUUGAUGAUAUUUUAGUUGCGAGGUUUGCCAAUGAAAAAAUUCAGCCCUUGGUAUCAGAAAUGGAUCAAAAUUCAGAAAUGGAUGAGUCUAUCAUCAAAGGAAUGUUUGACCAAGGAGUAAGUUUAAUUAUUGAAAGUUGUUAUCUCUUGGCAAAGUGAUGAUGAUAAUAAUAAUAAUCAUCAUCAUCAUCAUCAUCAUCAUCAUCAUCAUCAUCAUCAUCAUCAUCUAUAAAUCCAGGAUAACCCUUCAGCAUCAAGUACUAUGUGGUCCUGCAUGGAAAUGUAGGCCUGAAGAAAGUAAGUGAAUAAAAUGCAGGUGCCAGAUUAAAUCAGAUUUAUUUCUUGGCCUCUUUGUUUCUCAGUGAUGAUACUUUUAAAAACACCCUGUUUUGAGCCUAAUAGCCCAGCAGCCAGCAAAAAUAACUGGCUGCUUGGGUCAUUUGUAUUGGCUGCAUCAGGUACUUCUUUGAAGAAUUUUUUUAGAUUAUAUGAAAGAGAAUUGAUGGUGGUGUUGAUAAUCUGGCUGCCACAGAGAUACUACCACAGUACAAUAUUACUGACAAUAAGACAGCUAGUGUUUUCAUGAUGAUGUAUUCAUCAUCAACAGUGAAAGCUCUUGUAAGCGGACACUGCUGGGACUCAAAAAAGGUUUCUGUUACUGGAGCUGGCCAGUGCAUUUGGUGUUGGUCUUAUGUUUUCAAUGUUUGCCCACACACUGGUGCUGAUCUUUAUACUGAAAAAAAUAGAGUUGGCAGGUUGAUAGUGCAGAUUUGAUUUUUGAAUUUUUUUUCUGUUUUCAGUUGAUGGGAAUUGAAAUAGAUGCUGAUUAUGGUGGUACCAACUCAUCAUUUUUUGUGGCAUGUCUUGUUGUUGAAGAACUUGCUAAAGUUGAUCCAUCUGUCAGUGUUAUGUGUGAUGUACAAAAUACUUUAAUUGUCACCUUGUUCAGAAAAUAUGGCACAACUGAACAGAAAGCAGAGUACUUGCCACAGCUAGCGAGGAAUAUGGUGAGUGAUGAUACCCUGUGUUUAUAGUUGUUUAUUCAACUUAAGUUUUAUCAAUAAUGAAUAAAAUACUGCCAAACCCUGUCAAAAUGGACACUGAAGAGGCCAUAGAAAGUGUCCAUAUUAACUGGGUUUCCAUAUUAAGCAGGUCAUGUUAGUAGAGUCAAAAAUACUCCUGUUAUUUGAACAAAAUAGUAAAUAAAUUAAAGAGGACAUAAGCAUUGUCAAAUUAAACACCUCUAAUUUCCAUGGAAACACCUAAAAAAUGCUCAUCUAUUUUUUGAUGCCACCAUAGUCUAAAUUGACAGUUACAAAUCACCUACACUGGGUACUGUAGCACUGAGAAUGACAACAUGCUGUCAACUGAGGGUUUUUUUCCAAAAUGAAAGGUCUAUUAUGGCUCACAGUUGAUAAUGAAUGGUCCGCAUCAACGAGGUCCAUCAUCUGCAUUAACAGGUGUCCGUAUUAAUUGAGUUGAAUGUAGAAAAAUGUAAUGGCUUUCCCCAGGGGCAAAGAAAACUGUCAUUGUUAACGAGGUGUCUGUAUUAAGGGGGUGCCUAUGAAGCAGGGUUCGACUGUACAUGUACGGCCAAACCUCCUUUAGGGGUGACGAAUGGUCUUUGCGAGCAUUUGCGAGCAUGCCGAGCACUGCGAUUUUUUUGUGAGCUCGAGCAGAAAUAAAAAAUUUGCUUUGAGAGCUUGCGAGAAAUGCAAAAAUUUGGGGAGCACGAGCAAGCGAGCACUCAUUUAAAUUUUGCAAGCAAAUCGAGCAAAGGUAAGAUUUUGCGAGCAGUUAAAAAUUUUAAUGGACCAUUCAUCACCCCUUCCUUUGGUGACUACCUAUCCAAAACAUCAAAAUUUUCCCAGUCAAAAUCGUAAGAUAACCAGCCCUCUCUUGUAAGUAGCCACUUGUGGCACAGUGUGAUACACUCUUUUUUCACCGUACUAUGUAUGUACUGCUGUGCCACUCAGAGUAAGUGAAGAACUUUCAGUGACAAUAAUUAUGGAACUAUGCAUAUCUUAUCCUAGAAAUACAUCCAAUAAAUUGUCUUCCAAAAAGUAGAUGAGUCGGGACCUCUUUUCGAAAUAGACCACCUGUGGGUCAACUGUUGUAAGUGACCACCUCGCGUCAGCGACCACUAAAUCUUUGCAUUCUGGGUGGUCAGGAGGUUGAAGUGCAGGUUCCAAUACCCUGAGUGUUAGAGAUUUUUCAAGUGCAGUUUUUGGUUUCAGUCAAGUCUUUACAGUAACCCAUGUUAGCAUAUGUCUUUGGCCUCUAGUCAACUCAGAUGCAUCCCACCAUGUGCGAGAAAAAUUACCUCUUGUACCCUGGGUAAGAUCCCCAAUAAGAGAUUCAAAAGCUGAUAUUUUGAGCACUAGUCUUUCAUCAGAGCAAAGGGAUAUGGUUUGAAAAGUUUUGUUUGGAAUUUUGUGGCCCAUAUCAAAUUUAUUUUACUUUCAAGUAUCAGCUGAUAAAUCUGAACUGCUAUUUUUCUCUGUCCCAACAAUGAAGACUUGAUAAUAAGAUCAGUAUAUUUUAUCUCUAGGUUGGAAGUUUUUGCCUCUCAGAAGUAGGCUCAGGAAGUGAUGCUUUUGCCUUGGAAUCAAAAGCUGAAAAGAAGGGAGACUAUUACAUUCUCAAUGGUUCCAAAAUGUGGAUUACAAAUGCUGAACAUGCUGGAGUUUACCUUGUUUUUGCUAAUGUUGCACCAGAAAAGGUAUAACUUGCUGUUCCCACAACAGUGUGAUAAAUAAUUUAUUACUAUUGACCUGAAGAUACAAUGGGACUGCAAUGCGACUGCAAUGUUUUAUUUUAUUUUAGACAUACAUGUACCAGGUUUUACUUUAUGAUAUAAAUUUUAACUGAAUUAUUUUGUUAGGGGUACAAAGGAAUAACAACAUUUAUUGUUCCAAGAGAAACUGAGGGACUUUCACUUGGCAAGAAAGAAGACAAGGUUUGCAAUUUUGAUAAUAUAAUAUGUUCAAAAGAACCGUAAGCAAUCGUUUAUAUACAGUAUAUGAAUUAACCAAAGGGUCUUGUUAAGGCAGCUCUUUAACUAUCAAUAUAUGAAAGCUGCAAGCACCAGAAAUAGAAAUGAAACUGCUUGUCCAAAGACAACCUUAAAGUAAUGGAAAUGAAUGUAUUUCAAAGUAAUUUGAUGUUUCUCUUGUAUUCUGAAAUAUGUGAGGAAGCCAUUUACCAUGUUAGCUUGUUUUUAUUAAAAUAAAACAACCGGCUUGAACUUGUAUAAGUUACAUAUGUCGUUUGAUGGAUUUAAUCUCAUUAUAAUAACUAAUGUAAAAACUUGACAGACAUUAUAGUCUUGAUGGUUUGGUACUAAAAAUUUUGUUUUGUUGUAGCUUGGGAUAAGAGCAUCAUCAACUUGUCCGGUCCACUUUGAUAAUGUGAAGGUGAGAGGCUUUUCUGCUUAAAAUGCAUUCUCUGUCAAUCUGCUUAUCUUCUCUUCACUAGGGGUUAUCUCAAACACAUCUCGGCUGUGAAGUCAGCCCUUUGCACCACUAAAUUUAAAUAAAAUGGCUUGCUGUUUCCCCCGGCCACAAGAGCAAGCCAUGAUGUGCAUAUGACUUCACAUUCCUCGUUUUCCAACAAGUUCCAGAUCUUUUUGUGGUUUUUGGCCACUUUUUAAAUUGAGUAAUGACAGCAAAACAAAUCUGAACUUUAUGUUUAAAAUAAUGUCUUCCCAUUGGAAUUUUGACUUGAAAUUUGGCGAGGUAAGUAUUUAUUACUUCUACUUCCUAUAACUGAAAAGAAAAGGGCAACCAAAAUUUUGAUCAUAGUAGCAUUUUAACUGGCAUGUACUUCUUGUAUGUUUGUACGUCACCAUAGGUACCAGAGAGCUGGGUUCUUGGUCAGGUUGGACAUGGAUACAAGUAUGCUAUUGAGUGCCUCAAUGAAGGGCGCAUUGGAAUAGGAGCUCAGGUGAGUGAUCGACAGCUGGUAUGACAGUGCAUUAGCUGGUGGCAAGGAAAGCUCCUAUUUUGGUAGAUUUUGCUAUCUGAACAUUCCUUGCCUCAGAAUAAAAUAUUAACCUUUAUUAGUUCUUUAAGCAAUGAAUUCACGAUUUGUAGGAAAACUCAAAGACAGAUGUUUCUGUUGGUUUCUGGCAGACAUAUUUGUGCCCCUCAAAGGGACACCAACAUGGCAUCUCCAUACAAAGCUUUAUAAAUUUGGGUAACACAUUUUCCGGAAUAUCUUGUGUACGAAAUAUCGCACAGACCUGAUUCUUGGCAAUGAUUUUGUCUAUAUAUAUAUAUAUUCUUUCAUUUUCCAGAUUCUGAACUUUCUAUAUUGAAUGAUUUGCAUUUUUUUUUUUUGAUGGCGUGACAGUGAACACAGAGAAUAGUCAGUAAUAUUACACAAUGUAUGCUUAGUAACCUGGAAAAGUUCCAAACUGUUUCAACAGCAUUAGACCGAUAUCAAAAAUCAAAAUAAUGUCUUAAAAAAGUUUUUUUCCUUUAAGGAAAGUUAUUUGUGUUUCCAGCUUUGUUGUUUUUUUUUCUUUUUUUUUUUCAUGGUUCGUCCUUAAUAAAAUAGUCUUAACUAAUGACAAAUGAGGUAAAGGUUGACUAGCAUGCAAUGAAAGUAGAAAUUAUUUCCAACAUUUUUACUUUUGUGCUCUCAGAUGCUUGGUCUUGCUCAAGGUUGUUUAAACAACACAGUACCCUACACACAUGAAAGAAAACAGUUUGGACAGAAGAUCUGGGAUUUCCAGGUAAGAAUUCAGGGAUCAUUAUACUUUUCUGGGAAACUGCCCACCUACCCCUCCCCUAAGCCAACGUCAACACUUACUUCUCACUUAGGGCAAAACGUUGGCUUAUAAAAGGAGGGGUAGGUGGGCAUGCAGUUUCCCAGAAACGUAUAACAGCAAUGAUUCAUACAGACACUCCCAAGAGGAUACAUCUCGAAUAUCUCUUGAAUCUUAAGCUUCAAAGACAGCACAGCAUCAACUUGCUUAUUCCACAGUUAAAAUAUCAAAAAGAUUCAUCAUGGGUGAUUUCAUCCUAUAUCCUCAUGAAAUCCCUGAUCAAUCAUACCCCCUUUUUUGUCAGAUACGCUUGAGCGAGUAAAGUUCACAAUUGCGUGGAUUAUUUCUUCUUGGAGGAAGACACGACUUGCUUGGUGGGUGGGGGUGGGUGAAGGUCCCCCAGGCGGUACGCUGUGAGGGGUAUUUGGCGGCUUGCUAUCGAGACAUCAGCGUUACCAAGCCUUUUCAUUUUUCGAAGCCGAAUCCGAAAUCAGAUCGAACGUCGAAUGGAAAACCGGGAAAGCCGAAAAUCGAUGUGGCAGCCGGACACGGCCGCAUUAACAACAAAGAAAAAUUGUCCAUCACCCUGUGAGAACGUAACGGCUCCUCAGAAAGCGGAUUUUCUCGGUCGAAAUCGGUUAAAUGAUAUUGACUUGUCUUGUUUUUUCUCUUUUUUGGCAGGCUGUAAAUCACCAAAUUGCUCAUGUGUUCACGCAGAUUGAAGCUGCUAAGUUGCUGGUGUACAAUGCAGCGCGGAGAAAAGAGGCAGGUCUUUCAUUCCUACGGGAAGCUGCUAUGGCUAAAUACUUCGCCGGAGAGGUAAACUACGAGCUUUUCAUUGCUUUCUUUAACGUGAAAAAAAAAAAUGUUAAUUUAACAAAACGAUGGUAAGGUGGAGAGAGAACUUAUGCGUUACACUGCCCAUUUCGUACCUGCGUUUGAAACUGAGUCAGGAAUUUUGUCGAAUAACACGGUGGCACUGUUUUGGGAGACGAAUUUGACCAAGUUUUUUGGGGAACCUCGUUGUAGCCAAGGAUGAAAGGGUGGCUGGCGCAGUGGUGGGAGCACUCGCCUCCCACCAAUGUGGCCCGGGUUCAAAUAUCGGCGUCAACCCUAUGAUUGAGUUUGUCCACCGUUUUCGUCCGUCUACACGUAAACGAUAAGCCGGCGUUUUCAAAAAUCUUUUGCGUGGAUUAAGUGUGAACGAAGGGCUAAAACGGGAAAAAAAAUCUCUAAUUUCAAAAAUAUCCGGAUACGUGUGGAAGGGGCCUUAUGGUAACCGGUCAUUUCGCCCCAGUUACUUAGCACCCUAUUUAGGUAAUGUAAUAUGUAAUAUUCCUCGUUCUAGAAUAGGGGGCUAAGUACCCGGGGUGAAGUGACUUGGGGGCGAGAUGACUGGUAACCGGCCUUAGUAGCACUUAGCAAAACAUGCCUCUGGAGGUCACCGUGUAUAGUUUAAGUUUACUUUUGUUUCGCCGUCUUUGAUUGCCUAAGAAAAAAGUUAUCUGGAUAUUUCCUAUCCUUAUUUUUUCGGGGGGGGGGGGGAGGGUAAUUUCCAAGUGGUAAAAUACCAAUUACCACUCAACGCGCGUAAAUUACUUUCAUGUAAAAUUUUAUUUCCGCAUUUCAAGUCCUCUUUUUUUUCAAAUUUUUUAUAAGGAAAAAACUAUCUACCUAUAUGUUGAUUGUUUUAUUGGAAAUUGAAAAGAUUUGGGACAGAGGGGGCGGAGUGUGUGAAGGAGAGUUUGUUGAAUGUGGACACUCUUUCAGAUUUAGAUUACGGGUUUGAAGGAUGUUUUUUGAUUUAUAAUGUUUCUGUUAUUAUGUCUUAUAUGGGAUAAAAAGGAAGUUUUUUGUUGUUUAGGUGGUGUGGGGUGAGGUGGGGGGGGGGGGAAGGAGGGUGGUGGUAAUUUGCAAUUGCUUAAAUUGCAAUUACCACUGCGACGAUCAUAAUUAUGUUCCUUGAAAAUUGUAUUUCCGCAGUUCACAUCAUCUUCGUUUUACAUAUUUUCAUUAAGAAUGAAGCUACUAGCUGAUUGUGUAUUUUGUUUUUGGCAAAUACGAAGAGUGAUUAUAGCGUUCGUUUUUUCCUUUUUUUCUACUGGGCACUGAAUAGGUGGCAGCCUUGACAACCUCCAAGUGCAUCGAAAUAAUGGGCGGAGUUGGUUUCUCCAAACAAUAUCCAGUGGAGAAGUUUUACCGCGACUGUAAAAUAGGUUAG